AUGUCCAUGAAUAAGUCGAAUAUUAGAGAAUAUAAGUUAGUUGUUGUUGGUGGAGGUGGUGUCGGUAAGUCUGCUCUGACGAUACAAUUGAUUCAAUCUCAUUUUGUGGAUGAAUAUGACCCAACUAUAGAGGACUCCUACCGUAAGCAGGUGGUCAUUGAUGAUAAAGUCACUAUCUUGGAUAUAUUGGAUACUGCAGGUCAAGAAGAAUAUUCCGCGAUGAGAGAACAGUACAUGAGGACUGGUGAAGGGUUCUUACUGGUGUACUCGGUCACUUCGAGGACUUCUUUUGAUGAACUGAUGACUUAUUACCAGCAAAUUCAAAGGGUUAAGGAUGUCGAGUAUGUUCCUGUAGUUGUUGUUGGUAACAAAUCGGAUCUUGAGGAAGAGAGACAAGUCGCGUAUGAGGAUGGGUUAAACAUGGCCAAGCAGAUCAAUGCACCUUUCCUUGAGACCUCAGCUAAGCAAGCUGUUAAUGUUGACGAGGCGUUUUAUACUUUGGUUCGUCUAGUUAGAGAAGGAGGUGGCUCUUACAACAAGCACUCAAAACGUAACACCACACCCGCCAAUGCAAACGCUGGGGGUUCUAGUGUGGUUAAUUCCCAUGAGAACGAUGCCAGUCUCGCUGCUGCUAAUAACAACCCUGAUUUAACCUCUCAAACUCAAUCCAAUCUGAAAUCACAGGCGAAUGCCACCCACAAGGGCCAACACAGUAACGUGGGCCAACAAAAUGUCCAGGCGAACCAGGGUCAAACUGCGACAUCCGCUGGUAACAAUGCUAAGCAGAGCAGAGCGCAACAAUCAUCAAAAAAUAACGAUUCUUCUAAAGACUCUGGUAAAUCUGGUUGCUGCACUAUUUGUUAA